AAGAGUUUCAGUGAAAGCCCUUGCAGAGAGGAGGAAGUAAACAAUACCAUACCAGAUGGAACAAUUAAAGGAGCUUGAACAAGUUCAAAAUGUAAUGUUGAUGAUGCAAUCAGUUGGCGCAAUCGAUUCUUCCAACAACACCAAUGGCGAUUCAAACCGUUUUCUUGCCAAUUUCAUCCUCUUUAUGAUGCAACCAUGCGGUGAGCUAGAUAUGAAUCAAAAGUGUAAAUUGAUAUCUGAGAGUUUCCCAAAGAUUUCUUCUGCGUUUCUUGAGGAAGCAUUAUGCCAGCUUUAUGACAAAGGCAAUUUUCAUAUUGAAGAUCCUCUGUCACAUCAUUGUGAGGAUGAAACGGAUCUUGGAUUUUUGCACACUAAUUGUGCAGAUGUGGCGAUGAUUACACUUGAUUCAAUGCAACGGGCAAAUUCUACUUUAGAGGAUUUUUGCAGAUCUUACUUUAUGUUUCAUGAAAUGGAUGCUAACAGUGCAGACUCAAUAUUCAAAUUCCUACCGCUGCUUUCCUUCACUGAGAGCUACAUUUAUCAGUUGGACACCAUAAAUGAGAAACUACUACAAUAUCCAUUUGGUGCAAUCCCAGAUCUCGACAGGAGGCCUGACCGGGUGGCUAAUAGCAGUUGGGUUACGUUCAAACCACUUGCUGUUCAUCUAGAACACUAUGGGAUGUUUACAGAUAGGAUAAGAGAUGAGUUGAAGUGUGGGGAAGAAUACUGGGCUCUAGAGAGAAAUCUCUGUUGGGCAUUAACAAACAAACAAGAGAUUCAAGUAGAAGACGUUAUGAAAGCAAUACAUCUGAAGUCCUUCGACUAUCGGGUUCUGAAUCUACUCUUAUACCAUUUGAAUGGCAAAGAGAUUAAUGAAGUACAUAUGGAAUUCCUAUCAGUAUCAGAGUUCCUUGUGGAAGUAUCCGACGACUUGUUUGACUAUGAGGAUGAUGUGUUGGAGAACAAUUUUAAUAUCCUGCGCAUGUUUGUCAGAAUAUAUGGAGCUUCCUCAGCACCGGCUUUGCUUGCAAAAUCAAUAACAGAGGCCGAGGAGAAGUACAACUGCUUACUUAGCACUUUGGAUCCUCAACUCUCUCUCAAAUAUCAAAAACGAUGUGAAGAAGCCACGAAAGAAGGUGGGAAGUUAUUGGGUCCGCCUCUUGGGACGUGGAAUAUACCGCCUAUUAUCGAAGAUGAAGAUUUAUAUAGAUAUGAGGUCUCAAAUGCUAUGCCACCAGCUAAGUGAGCCCAGGUACAUACAUAUUAACAGCAUAAAGCCUAAACAUUUUGGUAGUUUGGGGUCCAAAAUAUAUGGCCAUCAUUUUAGCUGUAAGUUGCACAUGGUUUCAGUUUUCUCUCUCUGCAACUUGUUUUCUACAAGGAGAGUAGAAACAAAUAUAAAGCCAAAGGUUCACACUUGAUUUCUUUUUAUAUCAAAUACUUGGACUCCACUGUUUCGGUAUCUUUUUUAUUCAUAUACUAAUAUUUAUAUACAGCAAAUGGAAGUC